AUGCAGGAGCAGAAGAAGGCCCUGCAGGAGGAGGAGGAGCGGGACCAGGCGCUGCAGGCCAAGGCCAGCCUGACCAUCCCGCUGCUGCCCGAGACCGAGCAUGACCGCAAGCUGGCUGGGCUGCUCAAGUUCCAAACGCUGGACUCCUAUGAGGACAAGCAGAAGCUGAAGCGCUCGGAGAUCAACAGCCGCUCCUGGUUCGCGCCAGCAGCGGCCACAGGCCCCGGUCCAGGUCCCAGCCCCGGCUGCAGCAGCAAGGCCAACAGCGUGCUCAAGAAGCUGGCCCACAGCCGCAGGCCCGCGCCCGCCGGCCCCACCAUCACCGCCCAGGACCUGGGCAUCGUGCGGCUGCCCAGGGCGUCACGGGAAGACUCUGGCGACAGCCCCCCAUCUGCAGCUGAGACCCCCAAGGCUGCCAAGCCACAGGAGCCAGCCUCGGCACCCCAAGAUUAUUCUCAGCAGCACGUGGAGACUAAGGAGCCCAAGGCCCGAGCACCCAGGGGCCAGGAGGGGAGCUGCCGGAAGCCAGCCCCCGCCCCGACCCCGGCCCUGGCCCCUUGUCCAGCACUGCCACCGCCUGGAGCCCCCCGCGAGACGGCCGACCCCACCCCACCCCCCCAAAGCCUGGGUUCCUCCCUGGUAGCUGACUACUCAGACUCCUCAGAGAGCGAGUGAGGGCGGGGCACCAAGGGACUAGGACUGCAGACCCCCGCCCCGCCUUCCUGCCUGCCACACCCCGGGGGCGUGUGCCUUGGGACACCAGUCCCCCCGCACACACACACACACACACACAAGCACUGUCACUUUGCCCUUCCUCGAUGGCCCAGAGCCUGCCCUGCUGCACCCCACCAAGCUCCCCCUCCCCAGUGGUCGGAGUGCCGUGGGUUUCUGGGGUUUGGCCUGGGAUCCGGGGUGAGCUGCACAGGCUGAGCAGGGAGGGGUGGGGAUGAAGGGCCGCGGGAUGGGACCUGCCCUCAAGGCGCUGGCGUGGACCUCUCCUGAGUCCCCCAAGUCCGUGGGGAGUGGACUCUGCAAGGGCGUCGUCGCUGCCUUUGCAGAAAUAAAAACACGGGUGAGAACCACCCCGUAGUAUGCCUGUCUCAGCCCUGGGGCAGGAGUGGGCAUUUAAAAAUACAGAGGGGGGACAACGGAGAGUACCCCCUGCCCCCGGAGUCAGACGGUGCUCGAGUUUGCCAAGACCCUCUGGCAGGUGGAAGCUGGCGCAGGCCCCUCUGCCAGCCACGGGAUGCAGCGGCCGGAGGUUCCCUGCGCCAGCGCCUUCAGGCUGGCCUCCUGGGAUUUGGGAGAAGCAGGCUGUGU